AUGUUGAAUUUAUCAACAAGGAUUUUCAGUUUUCCAUCGAGAAAAGCCCUAAUGACCAAAUGCAGAUUAGUGCAACGAUAUCCAAACAGAUAUAGCUCAUCUACUCCAGCUGCAUUUCCGAAAGGCGAAGAAAAUGAUCCGGAAAAGGAGCGGAAACUCAAAGUUCUGAUGCUGGAGAUGGAUGUAGCCCGACAGGAGGGUCGCAGAGCUCCAGAUCCCAGUAAAAUGAAGGAGGAACACUGGAAUCAUUUGCUUGAGCUUAAAACCAUCUCUUCUCGUCAGAAGUUUUAUGCUUUUCUUUGGCAAAUUGAGAUGAAAAAGGAGAGCCAGAAGCGGAAACGCGAAGAAGAAAAGGCUGAAAUUGCAAUGAAAAGGGAAGAAAAGCAAAAUGCCAUUGCAAAGGAAGAGCACGUAGUUUACGGACUUAAUUACACAUCAAUGUUCCUUAGAAUCUACGACAGCACAAUGAAUUUGUGGUUCAACAAUCGACUGACACGAGCCAUGCAAUUUGCACCAAAAAUUGUGAUUGAUUGCUCGUAUGAGAAGUACAUGAGUCGCGCUGAAGCUUCCAAUUGUGCAAAACAGUUGAUGUUUGCCUUUGCAGACAAUAGAAUGGCUGAAAAUCCCUUUGAUUUGCACUUUUGUAAUUUUAAUCCUCAAGAAUAUGCUGCAAAACAGCUCCAGAAGCACAUUCCGCGAAUGCUAGAUGAAGACUUUCCCAUGAAUGUGCAUGAGAAGAGCUAUUUGGAAGUGUUUGAUCACAGGAGCCUCGUGUACCUUACACCACACUGCCGGCAGGAGAUGACUUCAUACAACCCAGAUGAUGUGUACAUUGUGGGAGCAAUGGUGGACAAGAGGAACACUGAACCCCUAUCGUUGGCCAAGGCGAAACGACAAAAUCUUCGGAUGGCUAAAUUACCACUCGACCGCUACCUUCAGUGGACAUCUGGAUCCGGGAAAUCACUCACAAUCAAUCAAAUGAUCAGCAUUUUACUCACACUCAAAGACACCUCUGAUUGGGAGAAAGCUCUCGAAGUUGUACCAAGAAGGAAGAUUUUGAGGCAACCUCAAGAAUCACAGCAGUAUGAGUGGAUUGAGAAGCGGCUAAAACAGUUGAAAUACACUCCCAAAGCAUAAAAAAUAGUUUUUUACAAUAAAGAAUAGUUUGUUAGGACAUAA